GCUCAUUGGCGAUGACUUGUGAAGGCACACGGCCGCCGUUUUGCCACUCGCAAGAAACACUUCUCGGACAAUGACUUAUGUGAGAACUUCAAGCUCCUGUCCAACACUCCAAUCAUGACGUCUCCGCUCUGCUCUUUUGUCCUGGUGCUGAUCUUUUGUGCUCUCGAAACCAGCUCCACGAAGUCCUUUUACGCAGCCGAAGGAUCAGACGUGACUCUUCCCUGCAACCACACAUAUGACCGUACAUAUGCCCGUGAGCAAUUCUCCAUUAAGUGGUUUGUGUUCAAGUCAAGCUAUCAGUUAAUAGCAUAUCACAAUGAUAUGUACGAUUCACUGAUUGACAGGGUCCGCUACACGUCUACCGACCCCCGAAGCGGAGAUGCUUCCAUAACCAUCAGCAACCUGCGUCUCUCAGACACGGGGACCUAUUAUUGCAAUUUGAUUGUUAUUUCCGAAACAUACGCACAGAAAAUUGACUUGAAAGUCACAAAGAAACCAAGCAAGCCAGAGUGUAGCGUGGAAUGGGAGUUUGCAGAGGUUUAUGGUGCGAGGCUCAAAUGCAGAUCCUCACAUGACACCCUCACACUGACGUACAGCUGGACAAAGAUGGACGGAAACAAGAUGUUGCCUCCUCAGGCCAAUGUGGAUGCCACAAUGGGCCACUUGUUUGUAGACACGAUCACAGAGGACGACUGUGGAACAUAUCUCUGUACGGUGGAAAGUCUGGUUGGUACCCAACACUGUGACGUCCUACUUGAGUGUCCACAACCACCACUACCACCACCACCCCCAAUUACAAGCGAAAAAGUUCAACCCACGGCGCCACCAUCAGCCACGAGCGAUGGAGGUAUAGUUCCAGUCGUGGCCGUGACGUCCGUCAUGCUUGUGCUGGGUGUCGGUGCUCUCGCCGCCAUCUGGUACUGGUGCAGAAGAAACAGUGUUGACCUAGUUUUUAAUCAAACAGUGGAAGAGGUGCCUAUGUCGUCAAUGGAGAGGAGGGGAACGGUCUCGACUGGCAGAAGCGAUGGAAAAAAAUAUGAAAUAAUGGCCAAAGUUGUUUUGGAUUUAUUUAGGGUUUGUGUGUUGCUGGAAAGAGAAGACAAUCCAUCCGUCAUCUCCUGUUCAGAGAGAAUCUUGUAUUUUUAACCAUAACAAUAUGAUGAACUACUUUGUAACGUUUAGCUGCUGAGCCCAUUUGUAAACACUUUGGUCAACGUUGCUAUUUUAAAAAUUGUCUUCAUAUAAAGAUUUGAUGUGUGUAUAUACUGUAUAUGAAGUUGUCUAUAACUGAUACUAUUUUCUGUGUUGCCCUCCACGUUUGUAUCCUGGACAGCAGACAUCUUGGCGUGUAAAGAUGACAACACGUGACACAAGUGUGGGGAAUGAGUAGACGUGGUUUUGAUAUUGAUCAGAACAUCUAUUGAUUUUGUGAUGGGAGUGGACGGAACAUUUAUUUGAUGAAUGUAUUUACUGUAAACUCCACAAAAUUUAUGGAC